AUGAUUAUGUUUAUUCUCUCGGCCUUUUCAUUUACACAGCCACCCGAUGGUAUAUUCAAAAAGGCUUAUGGUCAAAAAUUAAUAAAUAUUGAUGCAAGUGGUUCUUCAAAGCAAGAUAUUAACGGAUCUUUUGAUUAUACAAAACCAGAGUACUCUAUUGAACCAUGGGAUAAGAGAUAUGAUUGGUGUUCGAACUGUGGUCGCAGUUAUGAUGAACAUCCAUGGAUUUCGUACUCUUUGAAAUCAAAGAAAGUCAAGUUCAACGGUUACUACAUUCGAGCAGGCUGCUGCUACGCAGGAUGCUGCUGUAUGGAUGAUUACGCGUACUGCGUCCACUGCUGCUUAUACAGCUGGUCACUCCAGAUCUCAAACGACAACAAGACAUGGGAGACAGUUCACAAGAUCUCUAAAGAUGACAGCAUGCGGGACUGCAAAGACAGCACAUACACACUUGAUAAGUCAUACACUACAAAGUACGUUCGUCUUAUCCAAGACGAAGCAUGCCCCGGUGAACCUCCAUGUCUUGCUAUCAACCGUGUGGAGCUUCUUGGUGACAUUAUUUCUGACAAUUCACAAUCAGAAGAAGAAGAGUUUGUUUCGUUCCACGACGACGACGACGAUGUUAGCAUCAUUAGUCACAUCUCACGUCAAAACCGUGUUCGUAUUGUUUAA